UAGCCGGCUGGUGUCAUCCGAGUGCAGUUGCAGGAGUGACUCCGGCAUGGAGCGUGAAGCUGGCUAUAUCAGGCCGGAAGCUGACUGGCUGCCAAUACGCAGCUCCGGCUCAGGGAUCUUACGUUGAUUCAGAGGAGGCUGACAUGACAGAGCUGUUAUAACGACACUCUCCUGUAUGCACCCACCAACACAAGGAAGAGCAAAGUGAGCAACCUGGAAGCACACUGGGGAAAAAGACUAGCAAUCUGGCGUUUCCCCGAAAGCAGAAUGCAAACUGGCUGAAGGCUAGCAGCCUGUAUGCGGACUACUAACGAAAGCCCAGCCAUGACCGUGUUAGGUGUUGUGGAAAGGCAUAUGUAAUAUCACACACACGAGGAUUCCUGGAGUUUAAAGCUUCUUAAAUGAUCCAGAAAACGAGGCCUCCGCUGCUCCAGUCUCAAGAUGUAGGAGAGAAGAUGGAAACACUAAUGAUGCAUCCAGUGCUAAAGGCCUUUGUGUGCGGUUCCAUCAGUGGGACCUGCUCCACCCUUCUCUUCCAGCCCCUAGAUCUUCUUAAAACCCGGCUGCAGACCCUGCAGCCUUCAAUCAAUGGGUCAGGUCAUGUUGGGAUGGUAGCUUUGUUCAUUAGGGUUGUUCGCACUGAAAGCCUCCUAGGGCUUUGGAAAGGGGUCUCACCAUCCUUCGCAAGAUGCAUCCCUGGGGUCGGGAUUUACUUCAGCACCUUGUACAAGAUGAAGCAGUACUUUCUCUCAGACCGCUCCCCCACAGCCCUAGAGUCUGUCUUUCUGGGUGUUAGCUCCCGUACAGUAGCAGGGGUUUGCAUGUUGCCCAUAACCGUGGUGAAGACACGAUAUGAGAGUGGGAAGUACGGCUAUGAGAGUGUGUAUGGAGCCUUGAGGAAUAUCUAUCGGACAGAAGGGGCCCGGGGCUUGUUCUGUGGGCUGACUGCAACGCUCCUGCGUGAUGCACCCUUUUCCGGCAUCUAUUUGAUGUUCUAUACCCAGACCAAAAAAGUUAUUCCUCAGGACCAGUUUGAUCCAGCACUCACCCCCUUAGUGAACUUCAGCUGUGGAAUCUUUGCUGGAAUCCUGGCUUCAUUGGUGACACAGCCUGCUGAUGUAAUCAAAACCCACAUGCAGCUGACACCUGAAAAGUACCGCUGGACGGGGCAGGCCAUUGCCUUAAUCUUCAAGGACUAUGGACUGGUUGGCUUUUUCCGUGGCGGCGUCCCCCGUGCCCUGCGGCGCACUCUGAUGGCAGCGAUGGCAUGGACUUUAUAUGAGCAGAUGAUGGCAAAAAUGGGGCUGAAAUCCUGAAGGACUUGUAGUGGAGGAGACCAGCCUAAGCCCUUCUCCUGCUCACCUGGAUCAGCUGGUGAGAUGUGAUUUCCCAGUUCUGUGCGGGUGGAUCUUUGUUCCACAGUGGUAGAGUGAUAACGAUUUCUGAUCCAGGGGACUAGGCUGCAAAACAUGCCCUGUCUGACACAAAUGCAAGUAGCAGAGAAGGUUUUGACUUUGCAUCGUCAGAGUAAAGCAUUCCAGGAGGACCGUAUCAUUCAACUUCCUUGGAAGAUGGGAGGGUUUCAGUGUCCUACGAACUACAUGGUUACGGUAAAGACCGUUGAAAGAAACUCCUUCAGAAUAGUCCUAUGUGCCCUGAGAAGCCUUUGCACAGAAGCCAGCUGAAGCAUUUGGGGAAGAAGUGAUUGGACUUGGACUACAGAACUCUGCAGCUUUCUACCCUGGUGGCCUGGGAUCAUAGACUGGGCACACCAUGUGCCAUCUGACACUCGUCCAGUUAUGUCAGUGUAUUUUGCUUCUGCACCCACAGGGAAGGCAUAGAGGAGAAUGCUACGAGGGGCACCAUGUAACCAUUUGUUUCAGACAUUGCUUAAUGUAUUAAUACAUGUAUUAGAGUGAGAAAGGGGGAAAUGUAUCUGAAAGGAAUGCUGGGAAAUGCAGUCUUACCAUACCUUGCACAGUAGCUUUGAUGUUGGAUAACAUAGCUGGGAACCUAACUGACAUCUCCGUUGUGGCUUGCAGCAAAGGCCAUUACACCUCUUCCCUUGUGCUUUAGAUUGUAUUUCCCAUGGCAUGACCCAAUGUCUUGGAAGAAGACAUUUUUCCACUGGCUUUAUUCUUUGUCUAUAGGCAUUUGUUAUGCCUACCCACAUGACUACCAUGGCAGGGCAAAAGCACUAACUGGCUUGAAAUAUGACUUAGCUAAGAAAGAUGAAAGGCCAGAAAAAGGACUUGAGAAAUGGAGUCUUUUUUUUUUUCUUUUUUUGAGAAACUCCAUUUGCAGCCUUUCUGUACCAGCUGUUUUUCUUGCACUGUUUAAAUUGAGCUGCAGCUUUGGACCAUUAUCCAGGUUUAACUCCAAUGGAUGUAAAUGCGUCUGUAAUAAAACAUAUCAUGCAAGAA